AGUGCUAGAAGAUAUAAAGCUGUUCAUUGUUGCUCCUAAGUCAACAUCAUCAGUUCGUUGUCGUUCACUUCUCUGGUACUUCAACACAUUACAUUCUUACUCUCAUUCAAAGACAACUAUCGCUAUCCACCUCAAAUAAUGUAUAUCUCAAACAUCUUUAUCUCUGUCCUGGCAGCUUCCAGCACCGCGAAUGCCUUCAAUAUCAAAGAGGAAGCACACAACGCUGGCGAAGUCUCCAAGCGUACGCUUGGAAAGCUUUUCGGGACUCUUGCUGGACUCCUUGGCAUCAAUAAGGCGUCAGAGCAGUGCCCUGCUGUCUGGACUCAGAUCUCUGCCCAGCUCACUGAGCAAUUCCUAGCAGACGGCCAGUGCACGGACGCGGCUCGCGCUGCCAUCCGUUCGUCUUUCCACGAUUGCUUCAACGGCGCCUGCGAUGGAUCUCUAAUUCUUGCCAACGAAUGCUCCAACAAUGAGAAUAGAGGCCUUGAGCGUCUAUGCGGAAACCUAAAAAACGUACAAGCCAACACUGGUGUUGGCAUGGCCGACCUCAUACAGUUCGCCGCCGCACACGGCGUGAAGACGUGUCCUGGAGGACCCACAGUUCCUGUCAAGGUCGGUCGGAAGGACUCCAGUACUGCAAAUGCUCUUGGUGUUCUACCCUCUGGAUUCGCUCAAGGCGGUGACCUUGUCAAACUCUUUGCAUCCAAGGGUUUCUCUCCCGUCGAUCUCGCAGCCCUGCUUGGUGCUCACACCGCGGCGAAGCAGCGUGUCACAGCCCCCGACUCCCCGCAGGAACUUGACAGCACCGUUGGCACUUGGGACAACAAGUACUUCUCCGAGACUAAGAGUGGCAAAGCACCUUUCACCCUGCCCUCUGACAAGAGCGUUGCUCAACACCCGCUCACAAAGCUGCCAUUCAACAUGUUUGCGCUUAGCAAGGGCGCAUGGGAUCUUGCUUUUGUCAACGCAAUGGUGAAGAUGAGUAUGCUUGGUGUAGAUCAGAGAGGUCUCAUUGAUUGUACUUCGGCUUUGCCAGGCGGUAGCAAGAGGAGGGAUAUCAGAAGCAGCAAUGUUUUCGACCGCUUCAAGUUCUAGACUCUGAUUUCUGGAUAUUCGUAGCGGGCGGGCUGGACCUUUCACUUUCUUCAC